CGGCCCGGCUUCUUCCUCCCUCCCAUCGGCCUCGGCUUGCGGGCCUUUCAAACAUGGAGGAGCGCGAGUGGGGGGCGAGGUCGGCUCGCGCCGGCAGCCCGGCCAGCCCGCCCAGCCCGCGGCUGGACGUCAGCUCCUACAGCUUCGACCCGCUGCUGGCCCUGUACUCGCCGCGCCUGCCUCCCAUCCCCUACCCCAACGCGCCCUGCUUUAACAACGUGGCGGAGUACGAGAGCUUCCUGAAGGGCGGGCGCACCGGGCGCGGCCGGGCGCGGGGCACGGGGGAGCCGGCCUCGGCGGGAACCUCCACCGGAACCUCCACGGGAGCCGGGACCUCGAGCAGGGCCCGCCGCCGCGCCGCGCCCACCCCAGAUCCCGAGCGCAUCCAGCGUCUGCGCCGCCUCAUGGUGGUCAAGGAGGACGCGGACGGCGCGGCCGGGGCUCGACGCCAGGGCCCGGGGCGCAGCAAGAAGGCACCACGCAAUGUGCUCACGCGAAUGCCCCUGCAUGAAGGUAGCCCUUUGGGGGAACUCCACCGCUGUAUCCGAGAGGGAGUCAAGGUGAAUGUCCACAUCCGCACCUUCAAGGGACUCCGGGGUGUCUGCACAGGCUUCCUGGUUGCAUUUGACAAGUUCUGGAAUAUGGCCCUCACCGAUGUGGAUGAGACCUACCGUAAACCUGUGUUAGGCAAAGCCUACGAGCGGGAUUCUUCGCUGACUCUGACAAGGCUGUUUGAUCGGCUGAAACUUCAAGAUUCCUCCCAAAAGGAAGCAGAUUCCAAGUCUGCAGUGGAAGACUCCACCCUGUCUAGACACUCGCAGACAUCCACUUGGAAGGUGGCUUCAGUGUGGGGACGAGGAGACACUGACCGGGGCUCACACAAGCGCUCCCGCUCCGUCCCUUCUUCCCUGCAGGCUUCUGCAAGGGAGGAGUCCAGGUCUGAGCCGUCAGAGAGGACUGCACGGACGGAAGGGUCCAGUGCGGGAGGCACCUUCUCCAGGGCCACCACCACCCUUUCACGGGGCCAGUCCCGAAAGAAAAAGAGAAAGCCCAAGGUGGAUUACCAGCAGGUAUUCACACGACACAUAAAUCAGAUUUUCAUUCGAGGCGAAAAUGUCCUGCUGGUUCAUCUUGCACAGUGACCAGCUCAGCCCCACGUGACCUUCAGGUUUUAGAAAUAAAGUGCAUGAACUGUUCUUAUGCUAUAUCCUAGUAUCCCAAUCAAAGUGUUGAGUCGCAGUGGUUCCCACUGGUCCUGCCCGUACAGAGGACAGAGCUGGCUCACCCUCUGGAAGCCGUGUUGAUGGGAGGACAGGUCAGCCAUACUACCAGGCAAAAGCCAUUCACAGUACAUGUGUCUGACAGGCUGCCAUUGUCUGCUACAGAGUCCCAAGCGUAAGCUGUUCCCUUUGACUUAGGGUUCUAGGAUGAGUGGAAUCUACUCUGUGGAAACUGUAAGAAAUGCCUGAGAAAGAAAGAUUUCCUUUUUAAAAGCUAGUGCUCCGAGCACCAGGAAUUUGAUCUAUGAGCAACAGUGUAAAUUGCCUGAGAGCCCUGCACCCAUAUCUUGGAACUGACCUUUGCUCUACAUCAUUCUCUCUUGAUCAAGAAGUGAAAUUUCUCACCCUUGAAUAUUAAUAAGGUCCAGGAAAGUUACCAGCUUAUGCAGGAGUCAAGCUCAGCUUGGUGGUUGCUCUAAGCAGCCCGAGGUAACAGCUCGGUUUUGAGCCCCCUCUUCUCCUGGGCAGGAAUGCAGAAGCUUGUCAGUGUUCUCCUCACCAGAGGUGGCCUCUGCACAUGGCAUACCAGAUGGGACUGUGCUGUGCUUGUGGCUUGUGGUCCUCUCUGACUCCUGUGGCAUGGUGCUAGUGUGCAUGUGCUCUGUGGUAUCACCCCAUGUGUUGUGUGUGAACUGUCCUGAUGUGACCUUGGCAUCUGACUUCAGCGAGUUCUGCAUGAACUCAGUAAUACACAUAUAUCACAUGCCUGAGAGUCCCCUUUCUAGGCGGGGCUGGCCUUGUGUAGAAAGUCUCUCAGAAUGGUGUUGCUAUGAAAGAGGGGUCAUACACCUUUAUUCCCUGUGUCUCACCAGUGAGGCUCUUAGAGGUCAAAUGGGUGUGUUCUAAGGGCACUUGACUCCCAUUUAGACUUGAGUACAGGAAUACCAAAGGACCCAGGGACGCUCCUACUUGAAUUACAAUCACCAUAUGCUUUUCAAUCACAAUGCAAAAUGGGCUACAUCUUGACAUUGACUGUUAGGCAGUAUUGAUUUUCAAAUUUUUGUUUAUACUUGCUUUAUGUUAGAUAACUUAUGUUCAAAGUAAGAAAAGAAAUAGAUAAUUAGUCCAAAUGUAUGUAUGAAUAGAACAUUUUCCCUGCUAGGUUUGUGGAUAGCGUGAGUAAGUCUCCUGAGAAGCAGGGUAAAUAAAAUUCUAUUAGCUGGACCACUGCCUCAUCGGAGGAUGAAAAGUGAGCAGAUGUCCCCCUUCCCCGUCAGACGCCUACCUCACCAGGGCAUUGUGGAAGAACUUUAGGAAGCUGUUUCACAGCCUCUAAGCAUAUCUAAGUGCCGUGAGUAAUUUCCUUACUCUGUUGUUGUACAGCUGUAAAAACCCUCUUGUCCUAUGAACAAGGCAGGUGCUACUUAAGAAAGGUAUCUUCCCGCUGUCAUUGUGGUUUUGCAGCCGUCAUCAGAAGGCUGUGAGAACUCCAGCAGCUGUGUGUCACGGUCUAUUCUUUCCUCCAGAGGGAAGCAGGUCUAAGGAACAGCUUCAUUAAGGAGAGAGUGACUCUCUUCGCUGCUCCCCACAUCCCGGCCUCUGCUUUUCAGGGGUGUCUGUGGUGGUACUGAAGGGAGAGUGUGCAGCUAAAGACAGCGUUGUUCCCAGAGGGGGCUCUGUGGGCUUCCUGUCUGUUUUCUGUUUGCCAGCUCUUGUUUCUAAUUGUGUUUAAGUGGGAAGGCAGAGCAGAUCCUCUGAGGUCCGUGGAGGCUCUCGGUACAGACUCCGGCUCACCACUCUUGUCUUCUAGCCUAAAUUCCUGUCCGCCUCCUGUGCCCUCUGUUACCCAGUCCUCACCAGGCUGUAUGACCUCCAUCUCCUCCAGUGUUCCCUGUGUGCCGUCCUCGCCUGUCCGCCUCCUGUGCCCGUCUCCAUUACCCAGACCUCACCAGGCUGCACAGCCUCCAUCUCCUCCAGUGUUCCCUGUGUGCCGUCCUCGCCUGUCGGACCUUUGGUCCCUUGGCUAGAAGCUGUAAUGGAUGCUCUUUAUUCCUGACUCUGUAGAAAUGUGCAAUCAAAAGGAAUAGAAAGAAUUUCUGUUCGUGCUAGUGACCCUCCUGAUUUAUUUUAUACACAUGACAGUUUCAUGUUGCUAUAUAACUCUCCCAUAUUUCUAUAAGGAUUGAUUUAUAGCUUUCCACUCAACGUAACAACUCUAAGCCAUGACAAUUGUGUGUACUCUAUGUUUAGCUCCUCUCCAUUUAUUUGUUUAAUUUGGACAGUGAUUCCAAAAUGAAUACUCUCUAGGAAAUGUGUAAUUUUGUGCAAAGCGUGGUAAUUAUUUUCAGAUAAGUCAAUUUAAUAAAUUAUUGCCUUUUCUUUAUUAUUGGAAAAUUUUUCAAAAAUAAAGAAAAAUAGGUUCCAAUAACAUAUUGUUGCUCAAAAAUGAUAUCACAUAGGUCAUAAUGAGUCACUGUAGUGGCUGGACUGGGCUGGUUGCUUAGUGGUAGGCCCUAUGCUUGGUGUUCAUGAGACCCUGAGUUCAGUUCCUGGCGUGAAGGAAAGAGUGAAUGAGUCAAUCAGUCAGUGAAAGUUGCUGUGGAAACAGCUGAAGUUUUCCUUAGGAGAAAGACAGACCCUGGGGAAAGGGGUUGGUGGGUUGAGGACUAGAAGACACUAGAAUGCCCCUUCCUUCUGGAGCCCCACAAAUAGAGAAUGGAGUAGAGCCUCCUGACUGGUGUUCUGUGGGGAUUAGAGUUUUCUUUUAAAUAAACACUUUCACUUUUGAAUAAACAGCUUUGAUUGUUCAAACUAAUCUCUAGACACCCGAAUAAGUCCCAGAAUAUUCCUGUAUUCUUGUUGAGGUCUUUUCAGGAGUAUGUGGCUUUAUUAGGUGGUAAUGUUGCCAGCAAUUAGCAUGGCUGGCGAUUGACUUGCUUUUUUUGUUUUUGUUUUUGUUUGUUUUUGAAACAGAGUCUCACUG